CUUCAGCUUAUUCUGCAGCCGCGUGCAGCUCUCCCAAAUGGCUGCACUAAGCUUUAGUCCAUCGCCGCCGCCGCCGCUGCCCAAAAAUGGAGCUCGCAAUGAAAACGCCAGCAAGGAGAAUCCCAAUGCUAAUUCCAACGCCAACGCCAGCUCCAAUGCCAACUCCAACUCAAGCAAUUCCCGCUCGGCAGUUACCCCGCUCGGCGCCAGCAGCAAGUCCUUUGGCAAGAUCACCGUGCACAAUGUGCUCAGCGAGAGUGGCGCCAAUACGCUGCUGCAGCAGCACAUUAACAAUCAGAAUACAAUUAUACGGAAAAUCAAGGAUUUCGGCAUGCUCGGCGCUGCAGCGGCUGCAACGGCGGCCACAACAACAACAGCAACAGCACUCAAUACAGCAACAACAAUCAAUCGGAAGCGUCCACUGAACGCCAACAAGUCGCCAAAUGAGGAGAACAAACAGCAGCCAGCAGUGGGCCAGCUCAAGCGCAGCAAGCUCAGCAAGAAGACUUCAAAGUCUAGUCAGCAGCUGGAGAAGAAGCAGCAGCAGCAACAGCAGCAGCAACAACAACAGCAGCAGCAACUGGAGCUGGAGCUGGUGCAUCGGGUGGCGGGCACGCCGGGUCGCAAAGGCUUGCCACUGCCACAGGCCGUGGCGCGACGCAAUGCCCGGGAACGCAAUCGUGUCAAGCAGGUGAACAAUGGCUUUGCCGCGCUCCGCGAACGCAUUCCCGACGAAGUCUCCGAGGCAUUCGAGGCGCAGGGCGCGGGACGUGGCGCCAGCAAGAAGCUAUCCAAGGUGGAAACUUUGCGCAUGGCUGUCGAAUAUAUACGCAGCCUGGAGAAAUUGCUUGGCUUUGACUUUCCACCGCUCGGCUGCCACUCGAAUAGCUCCUCGAGUGGCGAUGAUAGCUUCAUGUUCAUCAAGGACGAAUUCGAUGGACUCGACGAGCAUUUCGAUGAUUCGCUAAGCAACUAUGAGCUGGAGGAACCGCAACAGCAGCAACAACUGUCACAGCAGCAGCAACUAUUACCACAGCAGCAGCAAUUAUUGCUGCAGCAACAACAACAACAACAGCAACAACAGCAACAGCAACUGCUGCUGUUGCCCAAUGUGACCACAUUGAAUGGCCUGCAGUAUAUACGAAUACCCGGCACGAGCACCUAUCAGCUGCUUACGCCGGAUAUGCUGCCGGAUAGCUCAAGUCUGGCGGAUGAGGAUGAGGAGCAGUUCAAUGCAUUAAUUGACGACAGCAAUAAUUGCCCGGCAGCAAUUGCUGAUGGUGUUGCAGCUGCUGCCACGGCUGCCACGGCCAGCAACGGUGAAUGUGUAAAAUUCAGUUUGAAUUUAUCGCGAUCGCCCGUGCCACAGACAGCAACAACAACAACAACAACAACCAGUCGCUGCUCCUCACCAGCAAACACAACGCCAGCAACAACAACAACAACACGAGGCAGUUCAUCAAUGCAUCAACCACCAAGCGACGCUGCUGCUGCUGCUGCUGCAGUUUCACCUGUCGCCGUUGCUGUUGCUAAUGAACUCUUGUUGCAGGCGUGUGCCGCACAACAACAACAACAACAACCACAACAACAGCAGCAGAGACAACAACAACUGAUCAAACAGGAAUACAGCGAGGGCGAUUUUGUGCAUGUCACCAGCAACAACAACAACAACAACAGCAGCAACUCUCCGCCAGCAAUUAACAACAACAACAACAACUACCAACAGCAAUUGCUCUGCUCUAGCAUCUUGCCCCCAUUUUAUGAUCAGGAGACCGUCUCCAUCUAUGACAAUAUCGUCGCGGGCCUGCCCAGUUUCAAAAAGGAAUUCAGCGAUGUCCUGCAGGAUCACUCGACAUCCACAGCGCACAAUGUCAGCGUUUGCCUGUCCGAUGAGAGCAUGAUCGAUGCCAUCGACUGGUGGGAGGCAGCCCACACGCCCAAAUCGGAUGCCAGCACUGUUGCGGGCAUUUGAACGGGAGCAGAGCAAAGAUGCUCCUUUUGUAUAUAUAGCUCAACUAUCGCUUAGAUCGACACCAAAACAGCCCCCCCUUAAUCCACCUAGUGAUCUAAACCAAAACUAAACGAAAAAUUCAUCGAAUUAACCC